CCGUGUCGGAGGUGAACCCGACCUCUAGUCUGGAAUCCUUACGAAUCUGGUUUGGAAGAGCAAUUCUUCCCGCUUUGAGGAGUAGGACCGGUUCCCAUUAGGUUGUUUCCAUUGGUUAAUACGACACUUGAUGAUGUAAUAUCAUCCUGUGUAUUAGCUUUUGGAAAUAUCUCCCGUUGAUUCCGAAAGGAUAAAUGGUUGAGAAGGCCUAAUGCCCUUUAGGAAAACAUGUAGUGGCCUUAGAGAGAUACCAACCCUAGGAUAUGUUUCCCUUAACAUCCCACCCGUGAGGUUAGAUCAUGCAUUAGACAUGGAUUUUACCGAGGAUACAACUAGACAAGGGAAGAGACUUGGUGAAGAUGUCACAUCUCAUCCUACUGCUAAAAGAGCUAAGGAGUCAAUCUUUUCAGUCAAUACCUCCAAACCCGACUUGAAGUUGUUGAAAGAGGCUUACGAUUUAUUGUCUUCAAGGGAGAAGCAUGACUUUGAGGUCCGAUUUGGGUGCAUUGGAGAUCUAUUGUCAGUGAUGCCAAAUUGGAACUUGUUGAGAGCCAUGUUGAAAUUUUAUGUGCCAGAAUAUCAAGCUUUUGUGUUCCCACAAUUUGAGUUGGUGCUCACCAUUGAUGAGUAUCAUCAUUUCCUACGGUGUAGUCCUGCGGCGGAUUCUCCUAACUUCACUCCUCAAGCCCAACAUAUGAAAGAUGGUUCUUAUGGGUUUGAUUGGAAUACAGUGUUGAUGGCUUUGGGAAAGAGAUUGGAAGCCAUGACACCCUCUCAAAGGAUCAACUUUGUGGCAUUGGGAAUUUAUGGCAUGGUGAUCUUCCCUACCUAUGUCAAGACCAUUGCACCUAUGGUGAUAGCUUUGUUUGAGCAAUUGUUGCGCACUUCGGCAUUUAAUCCUGCUUCUACGGUGGUAGCCGAAACUUUGUGGUCUAUGAAAGAAAUCCGAGCUAAAGGAUCCGGCCGCUUCUUGGGUUGCAUCGAGUUGUUCACUACAUGGGCACAAGGUCACUUGAGGGGUCCCCAAUUUGAAGCUUUAUUCAGUGUUCCUGUGAAGGAUAGAAAGAUAGAGGAUUGGCAUCGAUCACUUCUAGCAGCAACUAUUAAUGAUGUCAAAUUUGUUCUCCCGACUUGGAGUGCUACUCAUUAUCUCGCUCCACCCGAAGGACAUCACUCUAUUCCUUUGUUGGGUAUUCAUGGAGGGGUUACAUAUUCUGUGGAGUUGGCAUCUCGUCAGUUUGGAAAGGCACAAAACGCUCCCUAUCUUGAUGAUGCAUUGCAGUCACGCUUUGAUUACAUGUCUUCCCCGGUGAUUGUUAACAAGGUGACAAAUACGAAGAACUCUACCAUCAUGGACUUAACCGCUAAGUUGGAGCUUAGCCAUGCUCAGAGAUGUCAGCUGUUAGAGAAGUAUGAUGAAUUAGCUCUUGAUUAUGAGUUGCUUAAAAGGGGAAAAGAGUUGUCAGAUCAGCAAGUGGUGGAGUUUAAGGACAAGAUUGCCUCAUUGGAAAAGGAUUUGGCUGCUACUAAAGAAAUUUGUGGGAAGCAAAAGAGGAGUUUGAACUUUGCUGAAGAACAAAGGAAAAGGCUGCUACGACUAAAGGCGGAUCUUAAAGCAAGAGAAAAGGAGAACAAGGAACUUAUUGAGAAGGUGACUAGGCAGCAAGAGUUGAAAGGAAAAGUGAUUAAGUGGAGGAAUGCUUACAACAACCUAUUGUCUGAUUAUGAUGCUCUACAAAAGGAAUUGCAAGCAGCAAAACAAUCAAAGCAAGGAAAGAAGGAGACCACAACUUGAAGAACUUGGGGAAAAAUGGGUUACUUAGGAGCUUUUGUACGAAUGUCAGAAAUUCAGAUUUGUCAAUGAAAACUUGCUUGAAUGAAUACAAUCCUUCUUC